AGGCAUUAAAGAAGCACUAUCUAUCAAUUUAGUAUUACUUAUAUAUAUUUAUUUUAUGUAUUUCAUUAUAUAUGUACGUGUAUAUAUAUGUUUACGUUAUCUAUGUGUGUAUGUAUAUAUAUGUAGUCUGAUAUAUUAUGUAUUAGUGUUUUAUUUUUAUUUUUAUUAAGUUCUUGUCUAGAUUGUAAAUUGUUUAGAUUGUAUUCUUCUACCCACUCAUUUAAAGCUUUCCUUCGUUAAGAACGGUUAGCUGGUAGAAAACUCAAUUGUUGAGUUAAGCUCGCCAUUUUUUAUAUCUUACGCAAUUAUUGUAAUAUUAACUGUGUGUACAAUAAAGAAUAAAGAAUAAUUUAAAAAAACUAACAAAAUACGCUUUUAUAGAAACCCCACGCCGACGACCGUCGGUCCGGCGUCCCGAGGGGGAGAGUGAUGGGAGAGAUGUGCUCCGCACUAAACACUUCACAAAUAAAUAAAAAAUUAUUAGCCCAUCCAUUAAGUACAUGUAUUUUCUAUAUGGAUACCAAGUUUCAAGUCAAUCGGAUGCAUGGUUCAGUAGUUAUAAUGGAACAUCCGUAAAACCACUGUAGAUUUAUAUAUGUAUUAGUAUAGUAGAUUUUGACAAACAAGGAUUAAACUAGUUACUAUAUUCUAAAUACUCUAAUUUUUUUUUUUUUUGUGGGUCCAACAAAAAAUAAAUAAAUAAAUUCAAAAAAUUCAUCAAUUCCGAACUUCCUGAAUGCGUCAACAGCGAACCCCGGAUAAGUUAUAUCGCUCGCACGCAGCUAUGAUAAUAACGUGUUAUAACAUAAUAUCUCAGUUCGCCUACUUGCCGCCGGACUAAUUGCUCACAUUUCAGACUAAAUUCAUAACGAUUGCAGUGAAUACAACGUACUAUCGAAUAACAUGGAAACUGUGGUGUUCUUUUUGAUAAUCACUUCGUUUUUCUGCGCGAUUAAUUGUCGCAUAUCGCGGAGCAGUGAAGCGCAAUGCCUUAGUUAUUACAACAACGAAGAGAACUUUGAUUUGGAUACGUUAUCGGGACAAAUGUACGCGGUCUAUUACUGGCCCCCGAAUCAGAGAACGAGGAACGCCUGCGAAGUACAAACCUUCAAAAAACUCGAUACAUACGAAAUAGAAACCGCUAGGAACGGCUGCUCGAACCUCAGCCUCCCUUCAGAGGAGCCGGUCAUCAGGGCCACGUACAAGAACAGCACCGGCAAAAUCGUGAACGUCUUGUACUAUGGGAGCGAUUCGGUGAAGAACUUCUACAGGUCCUGCGACAAGGACGUCGCUAAGUACAUAUUCACGAGGGUCAACGAGGAUUACAUUCUGGGCAUCAAUUGCUCGUCGGAGGGGCGUAGCGUGCUGCUGUCCAAGCUCUUAGGCUCGCUGUCGACGGUCAAAAGGAUCGUGGACGGUAUAGAUAUUAUGACCGGAAGAGAGGGAAGCCCGGAUUGUGUGCUCGAACAUUAAUACCGGAUCAAUAUCGAAUGCUAUGUGUUUUAUUUCCGUGAUUAUUUAUAUCGAGUGGCUAUUCGGUUUAAGCGACAUUCCGUUUAUUACGCGACAUUUAUCUUUGUAAUUAAAGGUACGUUUUAUUUAAUACUAGCGACCCGCGCUCGCUUCGCUUCGGAAACUGUAAUUUAUUAUUGAUUUCUCUACUAUUUAAUGGAUGUUAUUAUACAUAUAAACCUUCCUCUUCAAUCACUCUAUCUAUUAAAAAAAACUGCAUCAAAAUCCGUUGCGUAGUUUUAAAGAUUUAAGUAUACAUAGGGACAGACAGAUAUAUGGACAGAGAAAGCGGCUUUGUUUUAUACUAUGGAUAGAUUAACAUCAACAGUUCGAUAUUUUGUAAUUGAACUUCAAUUAAGUUUACUCUAUUGGAAUGGCUGAAGAAGGUUCUUUUUUUUGAUGAUAUUUUUUCCAAAUUUUAAACUUCAAAUGGCUGUCCUGUAAAGUUGUAAAAAUGUCGCUUAAACCAAAAAGCCUUUCACUCGUCGAAUAUAAUUCCAAUAAGCUUACGUCACCUCAUUUGAUCAAUAUGUGAAUAAACAUUUUUUGUAAUCGCAAAAGCAAUACAGUAUUUUGGUUGUUUUUUUUGGUCACGGUCCGAUUUUAUCUGAAAUCUUCAAUAUUGUUUCAGUUACAUUUCACUUAAUAUUUUUAAUUAGGUAUAAUUAGGUAUGUACUAUGUAUAAAUAUUGUAUUUUAAUUUGAAUAAUUAUCUAAAAGUAAUAAUUAGCUCUAAGUUUAGUUUAUAGUUUCAUUGUCUUUUUUUUAAUAACGUUUCUAAUAUAUUCCUUUUAAAAUUGUAAUUUGAUUCGUUGAAAUAAAAUAAAAAGUUUAAAAUUCAUUGAAACCUUAAGCGAUAUUAAUUAUAACUAGAGGUCCCGCAGUAAUCGAAAUUCGACUAUAAUUAAUUGGAAUUGUAAGUUUGUACACUAUUAUGAUUGUAUUUUAUACUUCUAUAAUCACAAAUUUCACCAAGACUACACUAUAAAAAUAUUAACAAAGACAAACAAUAUUUAAUCUAUUCUCAAUUUGACAACAGACGUCAAGAACAAAAGUUUGACAAUAAAUAGUAUGCAUGCGUGUGUGCGUCAAAUACAUGGUAUGUAGUGUGUGUAAGUUUUUCUUUAUUGAUUUAAUGUAUCUUUCAUGCAUUAUUUUUAAAAAAUAUUAGCAUUGUGCACUUCUUCUCUUUAUUCUCUGUAAGUGUGGAAAAUUUCAUACUCCUCCGUCCGCGCAAUUUUCGUAAAAAGGGAUACAAAGUUUUUGCUUCACGUAUUAAUAUGUAGAUAUUUUAAUUAAAGACAUUAGUGUGUAAUAGAACAUUUGUAAGUGUUUUUUUAACUAUUAAAAUAUCUUAAAUAAAUUAUAUCGAAAUACGAAA